GCAAAAGUUUUUUCAAUUUCAAAAACAAGCGGGCCUUAUUUUUCUCUGCAGACUCUCAGUCGCCACGAUCCAAAUCCAAAGCUAUCAGCUUCGAUUUAUGAGUGAUUAAUUUUUUUUUCUAAUUUUCAUUUUUGAAAUUGGAUCUUUCACGUUCAACAAUGUCGAGAGACGCUUCCAGCUCUCGAUUCAUCUCUAAAAUUGCAAAUGAGAACGAGUUCGAAAACUCACCGAGUUCGGCUCACUUCCCACCUCCGAGAACUCCGCUCAACUCAAUUCCAGAUCCGUCUCAAUGCCAGAAAGAUUCACAAAUUCAAGACGAACACGAUUUGGAUUGCAAGGACAAAUCGGAAUCUACUAGAACGCUUCAUAAAACCCCGAGGUUUACAAGUCGCCAUGGGAAGCUGCAUUCAGAGCCUAACUCCGUUCAGAGUACCCCGGCAAGGAGUGGUCCACGGUUUUCACUGGGUGGCGGAGGAGGACCUUUUGUCGCAAGUAGAGUUAGUCAAGUUUUUGGGGGAAGAGGUGGAGUGAGCUCCAGUUCCUCUUCUAGGGUUUCGAGAGGGAUUUCGAUGAUCGAUAAUUCCAAUUUCGCGGUUGAAGCUUCACAUUUCGAGCUCAUUGAGGAUCCUUCCUUUUGGAGUGAUCGCAAUGUGCAGGUGUUGAUAAGAAUUCGACCACUUAGUACGAUGGAGAGGGUUUCGCAAGUAUAUGGUCGGUGUUUGAAGCAGGAAAGUGCACAAACUUUAGUGUGGCUUGGACAUCCUGAGACCAGAUUUACCUUUGAUCAUGUAGCUUGCGAGACCAUACCACAGGAAAAGCUAUUCAGAGUAGCUGGACUACCCAUGGUGGAGAAUUGCAUGUCUGGGUAUAACAGCUGCAUGUUUGCUUAUGGUCAGACUGGUAGUGGCAAAACAUAUACCAUGAUGGGUGAGAUAUAUGAGGUGGAAGGUCAGCUCAGUGCAGAUUGUGGAAUAACUCCUCGUAUAUUUGAAUAUUUAUUUUCAAGGAUUAGAAUGGAAGAAGAGAGUAGGAAGGAUGAGAAGUUGAAGUUCAGUUGCAAAUGUUCCUUUCUAGAGAUUUAUAAUGAGCAAAUAACGGAUCUUUUGGAGCCUUCAUCAACUAAUCUGCAGCUCAGAGAAGACUUGAAGAAAGGUGUAUAUGUGGAAAAUCUUAUGGAAUAUAACGUGCGGAAUGUUGAUGAUGUUCUCAACCUUCUGUUGCAGGGUGCUGCAAACAGAAGAAUUGCAGCAACCAACAUGAACAGUGAGAGCAGCAGAUCCCAUAGUGUUUUCACUUGUAUCAUUGAAAGCCGUUGGGAGAAAGAUUCUAUGUCCCACUUUAGAUUUGCAAGGUUAAAUUUAGUGGAUUUAGCUGGUUCUGAAAGGCAGAAGAGUUCUGGUGCAGAAGGAGAUCGUCUGAAAGAAGCUGCAAACAUAAACAAAUCUUUGUCAACUCUUGGCCUUGUAAUAAUGUCUCUGGUGGAUCUGGCACAUGGGAAACAUAGACAUGUUCCUUACAGAGAUUCUCGGCUGACAUUUCUGCUUCAGGAUUCACUGGGUGGAAACUCAAAAACAACAAUUAUUGCAAAUGUCAGCCCAUCCAUUUGUGCUGCAAAUGAAACUCUAAGCACACUGAAGUUUGCUCAGCGUGCCAAACUUAUUCAGAAUAAUGCUAAAGUGAAUGAAGAUGCUUCAGGUGAUGUUAAUGCACUGCAGCAACAAAUCCAGCAAUUAAAGGGCCAACUGUUCUCCUUGUUGAAGCAUCAUAGUUUCCCCAACUCUCCAACUAGCUGUGUGCCAAGUUUUGAAGAAUUGAAAAUGGCAGACUGUUCUGGGAAAAGUGAAUACACUAGACAAAAAAUGGCAGAUUGUAGGAUACAAAACAUCCACAAGAACAAGAUAAAAUGCAUGGAAGCUAUUUUAGCUGGUUCCAUACGAAGAGAAAAAAUGGCAGAAACAGCAAUCCAAAAAUUAGAGGCAGAAAUUGAGCAAAUAAACCGCUUGGUUUGUCAAAGGGAAGAGGAUGUUCAACGUACUAAAAUGAUGCUUAGGUUUCGGGAGGAGAAAAUAAAAGAUCUUGAAUUGUUAGCAACUGGCCUAAUAUCAACCGAGGAGUAUCUCAUGGAGGAAAAUCGAGCUUUGAAGGAAGAGAUUCGAUUGCUUCAGACAAAAAUUGACAGAAAUCCCGAAUUGACACGUUUUGCUUUAGAGAAUAUUAGACUUCUUGAACAGCUGCAAACAUUUCAAAAUUUUUACAAGCAAGGAGAGCGAGAAACAUUGCUGGGUGAAGUUUCAGAACUGCAGGACCAGCUUCUAGAAGUUCUUGAAGGAAAGAAUAGAUUCUCCACUAGAUAUGAGAAUCAGGAUGGGAACACCGUGAAGGAGUUGGAAGAUUGCAGGAAUAUGAAUUCCAAACUGAUGAGGGAAGUAGACGAGCUGCAAAUGGAACUGAGAAAAUACUUGAACUGUAGUCAAGCAGCAUCUGACUCUGUUGCUGAUUCUCCCUCCAAGGAUCAUGAGGAAUGCAGGCAAACAGAUAAAUAUUCAUUGGUUGAAACAAUAUCAGUCUAUAGUGACUUUGGAGAUGAGAUAGCAUCCUAUUCCCAGAAGCAUGAUGUGACUUCAGAAAAUCAAAAUGAGCAGAACAUAAAUGUCGCUUCAGUUUUGCAACACAGUGUCACUCAAAAGGAGUUGAUAGAUGCAAGAUUGUUAAUUAAGGCAAUGGAGGCUGAGCAUAUACACCUACUUAAAGAGCUGCAGCAUGUGCAGGAAGAGACCAGAAGAUACAUGGAAAUCAUAAGCAAUAAAGAUAAGCUGGAAAGUGAAUAUGUUCAUAAACUUCAAAUUCAUUGCCUUGAACCAGAUCAGUUAGCAUCUAAAACCAAAGGCCUGGUCAUGGAGGGUGAACACAUUGAUCCAAAGGAUUUACAGGACAAAUUGGAUAGAUUGACUAAAGACCUUGAGAAAGCCAGAUUACUUAAUUGUCAAUAUCAACAGGUUCAGGAAUCACAAUUAUCUUGCCAGCAUGAAGCUGAAUUAGUGCGUGAACAGGUCGAGACGGAGACAGCUAGAACAAUUCUUUAUUUGCAGGAAGAGGUUUCUGCACUUCAGUUAGAACUUAAUGAGAGACUAGCUUUCAUUACUCAAGAAAAUAUGAGGCUAAGAGAUACAAUCACUGCUAAAGAGGAGGAAGCAAAGGCAAUUUGUGUGGAUUGGGAAAAGGCAACUUUAGAACUCACUAGCUUCCUUCUAGAUGGUUCUAAAUCACUCAAAGAUGCCUCUCGGCAGACAGAAAUUAUUGGUUGUUCAUUUCCUCAAAUUAACGUUUGGGUUGGUGAACAUGUUGAAAGGGCUGCAAGAGUUUGCAUUGACAAAGAAGAAAGAAUUCUACUUCUGCAGAGGAGCUUGGAAGAUGCACAGAGGAUGAUAGUGGAAAUGGAGAUGAAGUUAAGUUCGUUGAAGGGAGCGACAAUUGCUUUUAAUGAAUUUCAGCAACAAAGUGGUGAUGUAAAAGCAGAUGAGGCAGCACGAUUAAGCAUCUUAUUCAACGAUAAGACAGAUUUGGAAAGAGUUCUAGUGAGUGAACUCAAACUUAAGGAGGAUCAGCUUAGCAUGGCAGAAAAACGAGCUGAUGCUGCUUUCUUGAUUGCAAAAUGGCUUCUAGAUUGCAACAAGGCUGCGUACAGAGAUCAAGCUGAGGUGGAUAUUCCAAUCUCAACUCUAGCCACUUCUGGGGGAAUGGAAAGUGAUGGGAUGGUUGGAAUGAUGGCUUGUAUAAAGUUUCAAACAAUGGAUGAUCUUAAGGCUCAAGUGGAGUUGGCAAAGUCUGUAAUAGUGGAGUCUGAGAAUGUUAUUAAUACAUCUUAUGAAGAUGCAGAAGUCCAUUUUUCCACACUCCAAACAGACAUUUCUGAAGCCUGUUUUGUGUACAAGGAGUUGCUUCAGGAUUUGCUGAGAGAAAUUGUUGACAUGAGGAGUAAAUUUUUUGAAAUAAAAGAGAAUUGUAACAAUUUUCAGAUUUCUACAAUCAAAUUGCGGCCAGUGGGGGCAUCUAACUCUUUGAAGUGUCACCCGCUGCAUCAAAUAAAAUGUGAACUUGCUCAGACAAAUGAAAUUCUUAAAUUAAUUAAAGACUGCAUUAAAACAAAAGCUAGUAUGCAUGUCCUCCUGCCCAAUGGGGAAGAUGUGAUUGAAAAUGAUAGCUGGAGUUCUAAUUCUUCAACAUCAAGCUCUGAUUUCUCAGUUGAAAGUUUUGCUUCUGGAAACCAUUUGGGUGGAUUGUGCUGCUCCGGGAAGACAACUGAGCUGAUGGAUGAUACAGUAUUUGAAGAAGUCUCAGCUCAAUCUGAUAUGCAAUUCUCAGAAGAGUCGGUAACAUUUGGCCCAAGAAAGGAGUUGUUUAAGGCAUUGGAUGUUUUCCAUAAAUUAUAUGUUUGGUUAAUCACAAUCCUCAAUGGGAAUGAUGUUGGAGAAUGUUCUCACACAGAAGGGCUUCCUGCUUUUGCUUUGACAAUGGAGAUUGAUGAAGCAGGAUCCCAAAAUACUGUAAAGGUACUUUCUGAUGAUAAAGCCAGCCCUGUGGAAAGCUUCUUCCAAAAAUUUGAGGAAGCCAAUGCAACCAUGAAGGAAGCUGAUUAUAUGUUAAAUGCAUUGUUGAAAGCAAAUGAAAACAGAAAAGUGUUGAAUGGUACAUGGAGGCAAGCGAGUGAAGAACUGAUGGUAGAGAAAUCAAACCUGAUUGAUGAACUAGAAAAGCUGAGAUCUUCAAUAAGUUUGAAAGAAAGGGAGAACGAAUUGCUGCAGGAUCAAUUGCAUUAUACUUUGGUUGAAACAGCUGACUCAAUAUCUUUGCUUGAAGGGUGUUUCCAACAAAUGCAAAGACAAGUUGAGGAGAAGUUUAAGGUUUUAUAUUCUGAGAUCUUAUCUAUGAGGCAGGAGGUACUUUUCUCUGUUUGCAACUCAAGAUCAUCAUUUGAAGAUAUUUGCUCUAGGAUGAUAGAGCAAGAAUUUUCAUUAUUUGUUUUGUAUCAGUGCCAUUUUGGAGACUUUAUCCGCAGAACCUUAAACUUCAACAACGAAUUAUGUUAUCAUUCAUUGCAAAGACCAGAACUUCACUCAGUUGUAAAUACUUCAGUAGAGAGUCACUCCAUUGGUCAAAGUGAAAAUGUGGUUCAUCAUAAGAAAAGUAUAGAGGAAAAGGAUGAAAGCGAACAACUCAAACAAUUAGAAGAUCAAGACCCAGAUCCCCUACAUAAUGAUUUGAUAUAUGAAAAUUUCUCUCUUAAGAAAGAAUUGAAAAGGAAAGAAGAUUUGUUGGAGGGUUUGCUUUUUGAUCUUCACUUGUUGCAAGAAUCAGCCUCCAAUAGCAAGGAAAUCAAAGAUGAAAGUAAAAAAUUAAUGUUGGUUUUGAGGCAAGUUCGCCAUGAGCUAGAGACAAAAACAAAUCAAAUUGAUGACUUGUUGGUUCAGCAUAGUAAACUUGAAAAUGCUCUGGUAAUAUCAAAUUCCAAUCUGGAGCAUAGUAAAGAAACAAUAGAUUCUCUCUUACAUGAAAAUGCUGAGAUGAGAAUGCUUUUAAAAGACCUCUAUCUCAAGAAAGCUGAGGCUGAAGAACAACUGGAAGAACAGAAAGAGGUGGUGAAAGGAUUAGAGAAAGAAAUUCUUCAUUUGAAUUUUUCAGUGGAGAAGGACUUACUGUCAUCAGUUGAAGGCAUUGAGGGGGACUUGAGAAAGGUCACUAGUGAGAGAGAUGAGCUCCGUGAAGAAAUUUUCUCUCUAAAUGAUGAACUUGAGUUGGCCCGUGCAUUGGCAGAUGAAAAAGAAGCUAUCGCAGUUGAAGCUCGCCAGGAGUCAGAGGCAAGUAAAAUAUAUGCUGAACAAAAGGAGGAGGAGGUCAAGAUCCUUGAGCAUUCUGUUGAGGAACUUGAAUCUACCAUAAAUGUCUUGGAGAAAAAGGUAUAUGAACUGGAUCAGGAGGUAGAGAGGCAUCGGUUGAUCAGAAAUUCAUUAGAGCAUGAGCUCCAAGCAUUGAGAGAUAGAUUGUCAAAAGUAGAUAACUUCAGUGACAUUGUGGAUUCAGUCAAUUCAAAUGCUGAACAGAAUGAAAAUCUUAUAUCUAGGCAAAUGCAGAAUAAAUUGCUAGAGCUCCAUGAGGCACAUGAUCGGAUAAGAAUUCUAGAGAAGGAAAAAGCAGAGCUGAGUAGAGAGAUUGAACAAUGCAAAGAGUACAUCUCGGAACUUGUAUUGCAUUCUGAAGCCCAGGCAUCACAGUACCAACAGAAGUACAAGACCUUGGAGACCAUGAUUCGUGAAGUGAAAACAGAUUUGCCUACUUCAGCCUCAACAGUAUCAAUAUCAGACAAAAAUGAGAAGACCUCAACAAGAAGCAGGGGUUCAAGCUCACCAUUCCGGUGCAUUUCAAGUUUGGUACAACAAAUGAAUUCUGAGAAGGAUCAAGAAUUGUCAAUGGCCAGGCUUCGUAUAGAAGAGCUGGAAGCAGUGUCAGCUAGUCGGCAAAAAGAGAUAUAUAUGCUGAACGCUAGGCUAGCUGCAGCUGAAAGCAUGACACAUGAUGUCAUCAGGGAUUUACUUGGCGUCAAAUUGGACUUGACUAAUUAUGCAAACUUAAUAGAUCAGCAUCAGGUUAAAAAAUUAGUGGAGGAGGCUCAUCAACUAGCAGAAGAGCUCCUUGUAAAGGAGCAAGAAAUUUUCAACUUACGAAAGCAGGUUAAUGAUCUCAUGGAGGAAAAGGAGAGUUGCUUAUCUGAAAUAAAUAAGAAAGAUGCAGAUAUACUCACUGCACAGUUGUCUUUAGAGCAGCAUCAACAGCGAGAUCAGUUGCUUUCUGCACAGAAUGAAAUGUUAAAGAUGGACAAGACCAAUUUGAUAAAGAGGGUUGCCGAAUUGGAUGAGUUCAUAAAAGCAUUUGAAGGAACAUCAUCAUCAUCAAGUAACCAAAAGCAAAUAAACCAGAUACUACAGAAUAAGGAGAGUGGUUCAUUAAAUCUGGGUGGUGUCGCUUUUGGGAAGAGGCUGGCACAUUCUGAAAGGCUUCUUUCUCGAGUGAAUAAUGAACUUACACAAUUUCGUAAAACUAGUGGCCGUUCAUUGCAUGAUAAAACAACUGGACAAGGCUUUGAAGCAAAAUACAGGAAGCAGAAGGAUUAAAGCAAUUGGCAUAAAAGCUCCCAUUGCGGUACAUUUCCAUUCUGUCAAAGGUGACGGUCGCCAUUUGUGCCUUCCUAGCAAAGCCCGGUUUAUCCUACAUUUUUAUCACAUCAAAUUGUUUUUCCGUCUUCGAUUCACUUUUCUUUCCCGGCAAGAGAGGGGAAAUUCAAGUAUAUUUGUAGAGCCUCUGAUUUAUUCACUUUUCUGUGCGUUAAUUACGUGUAAAUGAAAUUCGUUUGUCUUUUGCCUUGCUUGUUUCCUUAUUACACGCAAUUUUACUUAGAUGUCAUUUGCCUCAAGCUUGUAAAUAAGCGUUGAUCGGGCUUAUUGUUGCAUUUCUUAUCAUUACCAAAAAUCAGGUUGCAGUAUCAACCUUACAAAACUUUCAAUGCUUAAAUGUUGAGGAAGGAAAAUUAUUGAAUACUACAACAAUGCAACAUUGCUUCCAGGUUUUCCUCUGGCAUGAAAGAUUCAAAGAUAGAAUAAAAAUCAGAUAUAUUUUGUUUUUGUUAGAAAACAGUUUGGUUUGUUUACCACUGAGUA